UUGCAGCGGUCCGCCUCGCCCACUGCUCUGGCCUCACACUCACCCGCCACCACAGCCAUGGCUCAGUCACUGGCUCUGAGCCUCCUUGUCGUGGUCCUUCUCUUCUGCAUCCCCUGGACCCAAGGUACCAAGGAGGGAGUGGCCAAGGAUGGGGAGAAGGGGAGGCUGGGUCGGAGCCUACAAGAAGCCCUGGCUCCCGGUAAACCCCACCCUGCAGGCAGUGACGGAGGGGCACAGGACUGUUGCCUCAAGUACAGCCUGAGGAAGAUUCCCGCCCGGGUUGUCCGCAGCUACCGGAAGCAGGAGCCAAGUUUGGGCUGCCCCAUCCCGGCCAUCCUGUUCUCACCUCGGAAGCGCUCUCAACCAGAGCUGUGUGCAGACCCUAAAGAGACCUGGGUGCAGCAGCUGAUGCAGCGUCUGGACCAGCCACCGGCCCCACAGAAACAAGUCCAGGGCUGUAAGAAGGACAAGAGGGCUCCCAAGUCUGGCAAGAAGGGAAAGGGCUCCAAAGGCUGUAAGAGGACUGAACAGCCACAGACCCCAAAAGGGUCCAUAGCCCAGUGACCAGCCUGGAGCCCAGGAGGCCCCCACCAGCCUCACCAGGGCUUGGAGCCCUGAUCCAAGGAGCAAGAAGUGGGCUAGGAGAAAGGGUGGACUCAGGGGCCCUAGGGGCCCUGGAGCAACCACCUCAUGCUGGCCUUGCCCCACCCCUUCUCCUGCUUCAACCAUCCCUUCUGUAUUCCCAGCCCUACCCCGCAUGGCUGAGUUGCCCACACCAGGCCAGGCCCAGAAAGGCAGCGGAGGGAUAGUCUCCCAGAAAGCGUGAGAGGAGGCAGCAGGGCUGUCCCCUCUGAGGAAAGGUCACCCAAGACCCUCUGGACCUGACCCUGCUCCCACUGCACCCACUGCUUCCUCGUAAACAUGAUUUAUACCUAACAAUAAAAACCUGUUCCAGUCUCCCACCCAAA